GCGGCGUUCCUCAACCAGCCAAGCCAGCCUUCAAGCGAAACCCCAGACAGAAACCGGGGCGCUCCGUGACAACAACGGCAAGAUGCAUCGCCGGAGGAGGCAACGAAGUGAUGGAGCGGAUAAGUCUGCGAAUCAUCCACUAUCGACGAGCGGUUCGCUAAGCUCGAUCAUCACGACGUCGAUCGCAUCGUCGGAGACGGACCACCGGGGCGGUAUCAGCAGUACCGGGACCGGCAGCCUGGCUGGUCUGGAUGUCGGCGAGGGUGAUGACGCGAUGGCCGUGGCGAAGCGGGCGCAGGCCCGGGGGUUGGCGCAGCUGGACAGUGCCGGUGGCGAUGGCGAUGGUGACGCGACAGGACGAGAUGCUGCGGUCGGAGGUGGUGGUGAUCCCAACCACCCGAGCGCCGGAACCGUCGACGAGCAACGAGGCGUGCGGCAGGAGAAAUGGUGGCAAACGACAAUCCAGAUCGCCAUCCCGUUUUUCAUCGCCGGUAUUGGCACGAUCGGGGCCGGCAUCAUUCUGGGCCGUGUCGAGCACUGGAAGGUGUUCGUGCACGUCACGGAGCUGUUUAUUUUGGUGCCUGCCCUGCUCGGACUAAAAGGAAACCUUGACAUGUGCCUGGCGUCACGUCUCUCGACUCAGGCCAACCUCGGCAAUAUGAACAGCCCGCGUGAAAUCAUCCACAUGGUCCUCGGCAACAUAGCGUUGGUACAGGUGCAAGCGAUCGUGGCGGCGUUCAUUGUGUCUAUCUUCGCGACCACCGUCGGUUCGAUCAUGAGCGGCGAGUUUGUCUUCGACCAUGCUAUGCUGCUGACGGCGUCGAGCAUGUUUACGGCGACCACUUCGUGCUUCGUUCUCGACUUCGUGCUCGUGGCUGUGAUUUUACUGUCGAAUAGGUAUAAAAUGAACCCGGACAAUCUAGCGACGCCGCUAGCGGCUUCCAUCGGUGACGUGGUUUCGAUAACGCUGCUGUCCUUCAUCGCGUCGUUGCUGUACGAUAAUAUAGUAACGCACCUGUGGGUUACGUUCGUGGUGGUGUCCUGUUACUUUAUGCUGCUCCCGUUCUGGGUGCUGAUAGUGCUUAGAAACAAGUACACGCGCUCCGUAUUAACAUCUGGCUGGGUACCCGUGCUGUCUGCCCUCUUUAUUAGCGGUAUGGGUGGCUUGGUCCUGGACACGGCGGUUGGCAUCUUCAACGGAUUCGUAGUUUUUCAACCCAUCAUUAACGGCAUCGGCGGCAAUCUAGUGUCGGUGCAGGCCAGCAAAAUUUCAACCAUGCUGCAUCAGAGCUCGAUCCUCGGUAUCAUUCCGCCGCACAUCAACAUUGUCGAGCUCCCGUGGAAGGCUCUGUUCAAGGGAGUGCCCUAUGCUAAGACGUCGCGGAUUCUGAUCCUCAUGUCAAUUCCUGGCCAGGUGCUGUUCAUCUUCGCGGCUGACUACAUCCACAUGCAGCGCUCGACCAUCGGGGCACCGUUUGUGUUGUCCUAUCUGUUCGUUAGCACACUGCAGAUUAUGAUCCUUCUAUACGUCGCACACGUGAUCAUCCAUCUGAUGUGGAAGUGGAAGAUGGAUCCAGACAACUCGGCCAUCCCGUACCUAACGGCGCUGGGGGAUCUGCUAGGUUCAAGCUUCCUGAUGGUCGCUUUCCUGUUUUUGCGCGCCAUCGGCUCCCCGUACGGCGAGGAACCGGACGACGAGCUCGAUCAGAGUUACAGUCUAUUGCACACGGAACUGACAACGAGCAGCGUUGGCGGAGGUGUGCUCAACGAUCUGAUUCACGAUGCAUCCAGCAUUUGAGUUCUUUGUGCGAUCUUGGAGGCUCCUUUUUCGGGAGGACGAGGUUCGCUUGUUACUCGGAUCGGAUCUGGUUGCUGCGUUGUGAUACUCCUGAUACCUACAAGUACCCAGUGCUAAGAACGAAAGAUAAAGAGGGAGAUAAAAUGAAAAGAAAACCAGAGAUGAAGAAAUAGAGCAGGGAUACAGAGAAUGAGGAAAAAAUAAUAGGACUGAAGCUUGAGUAGGCCGUACCAAAAGCAAAAACAGAACGUGUGCAGUCCCCAUACCUUUUUCUGCACAUCAACCAUAGCGUUUGCUUCUGUAGUACUCACUAUUUUCGCUAAUUCACGAUAAUUAUUCAUUUUACUUUUUUUCUUCCAUUUUCGUAUCACUCACGCUUAAAGCAUUACAAGAAACACUUCAUCCAAACACACCCAACCGAUUGUAAUCGUUGGUGCCAUGCGGCUUUCGUGAUGUUUUGUGAAAGUAGAUUGGAAAAUGGCGUUUGCCUCUCUGUUAAAGUGUAUAUGCCGGACCUCCCGACGAACGAAACGCUGGGUAAAUGUGAGGGGAAUUUUAUUGAGAAGGGGUCAUGUUUAUGAUCAUUACUAUCAGUAGUUUCCCAAUGAUUUUUCAUCGUCUUCAUUAUCGUCUACUUGGUUCUUUGAGCCUAAGCCAUCGCCAUCGCUAAAUUGCGAGCAAAAAGGGCUCAACCAAUCAACCAUCACGCUCCCCCUUCUUGUAGCGAUUACAAUUUGCAAGAGUUGAAAGUGGUUGCAAUACAUUGGUCUAAUUCUGAAACAAUAGAAUAUCGCGAGAGUGGAAUGAACAGAGGUCGAGAUGGGCGAACGUGAGAGAUCUACAGGAACAAAGAGGAGCCUGUGAACCAAUUGUAUGGCUUCAACGCGCGAUUCACGAUUAAGAUUGGCGAUUAUUGAGCUUCCUUGGCUUAAGUCUUUUCCGACACAUUACGUGUACUAGUAAGUGAGGAUCAUUAGUUUGAAAUCUUUUACGCCCUGCAAUCCUUUUCGCAUGCUCCCGUUCGCUAUAGACAAACGCAUAUCAUCAGAUAGAAGAGCUAAUGAAUAUAAUAUGAACGGAAGUAUAGGAAUUUGGUUUCGUGCGGAAAAGAUACGAAAAAUUAUCAUUGCGUUUUCAUUUCAUCCUAGAUUAAGGAUAGUCUUUAAUAUUAUUAGACACUAUACUACUUUGUCGGUUUAAGUAUUUAACACAUUAUGAUAUGCAAAACUCAAGAAGUAGACAAAACCAGUGAAGAAAAGUGCAACGCGGUUCGCGUCCUGCACCGAAGAGAGGGACAGUGAGAGUAAAAUAAUAGCAAACUAAUACCUAUGAGUAUGAGUAAGAAGAAGAGCUAGUAAUAUCUACUUAGGUGAUGAAGAGUAGCUUGUUUUGAUUUCGUACCGUGUAGAGGAAGUGGCUUUAAGUAUGACGAUAUGACACGGUAGGGUGCGAUGUGAUAGACGGAGAGUUGAUGGACCAGAAAGCCACGCUGAAACUGAAUGUGAUUUGAGAAUAGAAGGAACAAGACUCGACAAAGUUAGGUCACUCAAGAGGUUUCCCACGCAACAGCGGCUAGUGGUUGUGUUUCGAACGACCGAUUUGCCCAAAGUAUAAUAAAAAAAGAAAACUUAAACCAAGUUUUGGUGGAGCACAAAGACCUACUCUUGUAAUUUGCGCAGGCGGAGGCAACCAAACAUAAACUCUUGAGGCAUAACAAUUUUCUUGGACAGAUGGACGGAGAUUCGCUCGUGAUUCGCUUCCAUUUCUUACCUGCCGUUUAUUCUUUGCUCUCCUGCUACAAAGAUUCAUUCGCAGGAUAUAUGAAUGGGUCCAUUACGGAAUGUAUUCCCUCUGCGGUCAUACACACCUUUCAAUGCACAUGUUAGUUCUUUCAUUUUCAUGUACUAUACUCAUUAUUUUGAGUUUCGAGUGUUCUCCGGUUUUUGCCAUAUUUGGACGCAAGAAUUUGGCAUGAUCAGCAGUUGAACAUAUAAUACGUUUCUUUAGCUUUGCAACAACGUUUACGUAAAACUACUUAUAACUUACAAGAGAAAAGUGUCGUCAGCUGUAAGAAUUGAAAGUUGUGCCCAAUGAUGGACUAGUGCACGCGCAAAAAAGGGGAAAAGUGAGGCACUUGGUUGCAUCUAAUAUAAUAUAAAAGAAGUGCCUAAGAAGCGAUAGAGGAAUAGAGAGUAAUAGAAGCAGAGGCAGUGUGUGCGUGUGUGUGAGAGAUAGAGACGGGGUCAACAGGUGUUUUACCACAGGGAGUGGAAGAGAACAAGCAUGAAAGUUAAAGGGAGACUGGGUAACCCCCAAUGAUAACUAUUCUUUUCGUGAAGUGAGGUCAAAACACGGAUUGUUGGUUCGCCAUGAUUUUAAUGGAGUUGUCGGCUGUGGCACCCACCAGGUCGGCAGGCUCUCGGUGCUGAAAACGAGCCAAACGACCCAAACACAGAUUGCUGAGACUUAAAAAGGAAUGUGAUGAAUUAGUUUUCAAUUUGUUUACUACAAAGGCUCAAGCUACGAUGAAUGAAAAGGGGACGGGGGAAAUCAGUCAGUGGAUUAGGAGGAAGAAUAAGUGGGUUCAGUUCUGUGACAAUAACGCUGACACACACACACACACACACAUACAAAUUCUCUUGUUAACUUCUGUGCACUGUUGGAUUAGUGUAUGUGUAAUGGGGAUGAGGCGUACCACACGGGAAAAACCAAAAUCUCGCACUCAAUGCAAUAUGAAAAACUCAAAUGAUAAGCCUAGGCAUGGAAAAGAGAGAAAUGCGACACUAAAUAAAAACAUACAAAUUAUGAAUAUCCUUAUCGUUGAAGUUUAGCCACUAUUUUCGUGAAUGUGUGCAUGACAAUGUUUGCACAAACUGUGUGGAUGGGGCGAAUGUGUUACGGACAUGCCGCCAACAGUGCGAUUUGCGACUGUACGAAGAAUGCCAAAUAUAUACGCCAUUAGAGACGUGACGUGCGAGACGAAAAACCAAAGACGGAAACCAGAGCGGUGUAUCGUCGUUGCCUAUACGAUAAUUAAUCAAAAUUAACAACAUUUAGAUUGUGAUAACGAAAUAAUCAUGAGCGGAAAAUAAAAGGCCAGAAGAGAGAGAGAGAGAAAUUGAGAAGCUAGGUCUGUGUGUUCAAUGACCGUUAGGCCACACUACUAGUCAGAUGGUUGAGCGAUGAGGGAAAAACUGAAAACACCAGUGUGUUAACGCUCUAACACCGUGAUAAACUGCUGCCAUGUAAGGAAUGUGUGCCCUUCAGCCUCGUUAAAAAGCAAUUCAAGACAUCAUCAAGUCAAGUCCAAUUUUAAAGGCCACUUUUGAGUUUUGAGCCGAUUGACCUGUAUUUUAUUGUUCAAAUUUGGAUUGGAAACACGCGUUUGGAAUUUGAAAGCACACCCGUCCAAACGAAAAGCGCGCCGACGAAUAGAGAGCGCAGAACCGAAGCACCCCUAUUGUCUAUAGGUACCAAAAUGAUCACUCAUCUUAGGCCUACCUAUUACAAUAUAAGUUUCCAAAACGCACGCCUACUACAAAAGGCUUUCACCAUCGCGAACACUACUGGCACAUGCCGAUAGCUGACAAGAUCAGCUCUACAUGAAAAAUUCGCGCUCCGCCAAAUGACAGCGCGCGUACAACACACCGAGCAAGGGUGGCGUACGUAUGUACUACAUUUGGCAUUUGUUUUUUAUUCUUAACGAGCAGUUUAUUUUUAACGAGGCUGGUGUUCAGGGCUCGGCUAUCAAUUCGUCUAUCUUUAGAGCAGUUGCUGUACCACUGUCUUCAGAGAGGCUGACAAGCAACUAACACAUAAACGGACUCACAUCUUAGUUUCAAUCACUUAUCGAUAGGCGAAAAAAUAUAGGAAGUCAAUGGCGACUGAAAGUGGAUGAAGCGGUUAAGGCGGAAGGUAAAUUGCGACAAUGCUCAAAGAAUUAAAUAGAUGGGCGUGUACUUAAGAAUGAGUAAUGUGGUGCAGAACAUGAACAGAGUAUAUUUUUCCAAAAAAAACACAUCCGAUGGCGUAAAGUGUUGAUGUCAGCGCAAGAGAGUAACGGUCUUCUUCGCAAGGGUGGGAGUUUCUGCAAACGAAUGACAUAGAGGACAAAUAAAAAAUAUUAUAAAGAUAUGUAUAGAAAACCAACAACCUAAUAAUGAACAUUAACGCAAAGUUACUAAACAUCAUUUACGGAAGCCACACAAGCAAUAGAAACACGCUCACAAAUCCAUGAAAAGGAUGAUUUUAAAUGCAUGUGUUUAAAGCAUAUUAUUUUCCUGCGAUUCCUCUACCAGAAACCUUUCCAGUCGUUUGGCGUUGAGUUGAGAGUGAGCGUGAGCGAUGUAUAAAUAGUUCUUUGGAAAUGGAUGGAUGGAAAUGGUCCCAAAACAUACUAAUGAAAGAAAAAUAAUGCAACGCAACCACGUCAUCCAACAUAAAAGAAACUCUAGAAUUCAAAAUAUCUGUCGCUCUCAACCUAACAAAAACGAAGAAAAAUAAAAUAAACAAACAAUCAAAAAGGGACUAUAUUAUUUACAUGUCAAAAUAACACCGAAACUCAGAAUAUUUUAUUAGUGCACUUGUUGUAUUCUCGUUGUAAGUUAUUGUUGUUGUGACCUUAUCGUAGCUAGUAAACUCGUAGUUGAGUUAUUGUAAUGUGUAUUUUAUUAAGUAAACCGAGUAA